CACUCGCCGUGAUAACAUACCACAGAAAACAACACAGGUAAUAUGGAUCGUUUCUGUAGUGUAUGUGGUGCAAGAAAACGACUUAACUUCGAUUUUUCAAUAGAGAAAUGUGAAAAAUGUAACCAAAUGCCGCACAUUCUCUCAUUUGAAUUGAAAUCAAGCAAUGUUUUACGUUGUUCAGUGUGCGUGUCGUACAUUUGCGAGUCAAAUAGAUAUUGUGAAAUAUGUGGCCAUACCGUAGAACGUAGUAAAAUAAUUAGAAGCAAACGGGCAAUUGAAAACCGCGACAUGAUUCGCGUAAAAAAAAAUCAGGCUUUAGAAAGAAGAAGAGAAACUCGCAAUAUGGUAAAAGCUGAAACAAUUACAUCUUUAUCAACAUCGCAUUUAGAUGAGUCAUUAGAGCAGGCUGAUGUAAAUAAAUCGUUUGCAACUGAUGGUGAGGGCGACAUUUUAUUCAGUCAGCUGCGUGAUGAAGAUCUCGCCAACGACGUAAACAACGGCAACGAUAAGAAAGAAACACAUUUAGAGGAGGUGUGUGAUAUAGAAAAGGACGCCGAUGUAAAGGAUAAAAAAGAAGAAAACAAUUAAAAAAUAUUUUUGUGUUUUAUUCAGUAUAUUUUUACCUUAACUUGUUAUAAGAAAAACAUAUUUUUAGUUUAGGUAAUAAUCAAUUAUAUCUAACUUAAAAAUAAAACUUACAGCAAAAAAUGCCAAAUACGCAUAACGGGCGAU